CAAAAGGUGCUGGAAGUUUGGGAUCUGCGUUUGAUUAUCAACAGUUUUGUGUGAAAUUAUCUACAGUUGUGCUGGUUUUGGGUUUUGGGUGUGCUCGCGAUGGAUCAGGUGAAGGUACUCAACACAUGGAUCAGUCCCUUUGGAAUGCGUGUUUUGAUUGGUCUGGAGGAGAAAGGUGUGAAAUAUGAAUAUCAAGAAGAGGUGCUCUCCAAUAAGAGUGAACUCCUCCUUCAAAUGAAUCCCGUGCACAAGAAAAUCCCUGUUCUCAUCCACAAUGGUCGACCUGUAUGCGAGUCUCUUAUAAUUCUUCAGUACAUUGAUGAGGCUUGGGGUUCCAUGCAAUUUCUACCCUCCAAGCCAUAUGAUCGUGCCCUUGCCCGCUUCUGGGCAGAUUUCACAGAUAAGAAGUUUUAUGACGCGGGAGCUCGUAUAAUUAAGUCUAAAGGCGAGGCUCAAGAGCAGGCCAAGCGUGACUUGUUGGAAAGCUUUCAACUUUUAGAAGGCACAUUUGAAGAGAUGUUAGCAGGGGGAUCCCUGGCUUUCUUCGGUGGAAAGGAUUUUGGGUUCCUCGAUAUUGCAUUCAUUCCCUUUGCUUCAUGGUUUCAUACUUAUGAAUCUGGUAGGAAUUUCAAGAUACCGUUGGAGAGUGAGUAUCCGUUGCUUGAUGCGUGGGUUAAGAAAUGUAUGGAGAGGGACAGUGUCAAGAAAGCCCUUCCCUCUCCGGAUAAGGUUUUGGAAUAUGCAAUGCAAAUGAGGAAGAGGAUUUUGGGUGACUAGAUUGCCUGUUCAAUUGUUAAGCCUGCAAAUGUGGGUAUUCAUUAGGUGAGUAUAUCCUUCGUAAUAGAUAUACAAAAUGUUCAAUAGAGCUCAAUGGUAGGGCUCAAUUUAUUGUUGAGCAAUGAACUAUAGGUAAUAAGUUGAAGAAUUCAGAAUUGGAUUGUUCGAUUUCAUUAUCGAACGAUGCAUGUGUUUUGAAGGAUAAAUUUAUGUAAUAGAGAAUGAGGUGUGUUGGUAGGAUAGAUCUAUGUAAU